AUGCCGGAUUUGAUACCGGCCACAAGUCGCUUGAUCUCUUUGUAUAGGAGUCUAAAUGACGAAGAUCUGAUGAUGGAGCCGGAUGAACACAGUGGCGAUUCAGCGACACAAGCUACUGUCAGGCGUUCGACUGCUGUUAGUGCAUUACAUCUCCCCUACAAUCAACACAUUUAUAUAACAGCAACAAGGCGCGAUGAGAACGAACAACUUACAGAUGAGGAAAAAGCAGCGGCUACAUCCCAAGGGUUUUACCCUUCCUUUAUGCGAAGUUCACGGCAAUACUUCCAGCCUUCCGAAAGUGAUCGAUUUCGACAAUCAACAGCUGGACGAGCUAAAUUCGCCGAGCAAGUUUUGCUAGGUUCGGGUGAUUUUGGCGUUCUCAAGGGAGGAACCUUUUAUCAAGACACCGAUCCACCGCUUAGAGCUUUUCAUAACGAUUUUUAUGGACUCAACCUAAAAAGCCACAAUGGUCAUCAGAGACCUUUUGCAGCUCCAUUAGUGCAAAAAUUCCGUUACCCAUCGGAAUCUUCCGAUCCGUUCUCGAACUUUCGCGAUUUCGCCGACAUUAACGUUUCUAACGACGCUGGUCAAUAUUCUGAAUUCUAUGUCGUAUACGCUAAUAAGAAUAGUAGUCAGACUAAACCAGAUGUAACGAAAAAGAAAAUUGAUGCAAGUAAAAAGCCUAUUAGAAACAUAAAAGAUCAACUAGAUCUCAUAGAUAAAGAAAAAAGUUCGGAACAUAAGUUAGCAAAACUCAGUAAAAGUAAAAUAAAAUUAGUUAAAAUUAGAAAACAAGCUGAUAAAAAAUCUAAGAUAAAAAUUCCAGUAGAUGUCACUAGUACAACGUUAAGCCCAGAUUCCGAAAGUGAUUUCAUGCUAGCGCUAAGUUAGAACUCAACACUACAAUACGAAGCAAAUAGAAAUUAAUCUAGAAUCUCUGUCUAGACGCAAUUUAGUGUAUAAUUAAAGACUGUGAACCUAUCGUUAACCUUAAAUUUAUGAGGUGCAUAUUUUGUACAGUGAGAUGAAUGAAAACGAUUCUGUUGCGUGUAAUAGAUUAGAAUAACAAACUUGAUGGAACUGACGAAAAGUGCAGUUCGUCAAGUGCCAAACAUAUUUGUCGGUAAUAAAAUUAGAACCAAAAAUUGCAAUAUCCUAUCACAAUCCAUCAAAUAUGUUUCAUCCAGCUCUCAUCGUUUCAUACAAAAGAUAUAAAGAAAUGAUAAAUGGUUGUGAUAUGUAAUCAUAGGCACUGUCGCCUCACUGGCGAUCGCAUAUUUUCCAUGUUCGAAAAUGUCUGUGUUAUCGAUCGACCAGUUUUCGACUAGAACUCAGCCACGCUUGUCAAAAUUUAACUUCUUGUCUGUCAAAAACAACCACGCUCGGAUAGCAGGGCUUUUCGAUAACGAGUUAAAUUUAACAUGCUAAUUAAGACACUGCCUAAAUAUCCGAUCUGGGGGAAUGCCUUUUGCAUAAUUAUAUCAAAAUCUUAAGUGCCACAAGCAAAAAUAACAUAAUAAUACCAUAGAGGUAACUCUAAGACCAGAAAGUCCCGAAGAAACGUGCUCAACUUUUUGGCUCAGCUCUGGUACUAUCUUCGGUCCCUAGCUGAUCGAUGCACCCAUCGAAACCUGGGACAUCGAAACAUAGGAAAAUCCACGAAUCCCUAAUUUUAUCUGUCAAACUUUCAUAGUGAAUCAAAACAAAUAUUGGCGUUGACGGCGACUCUGUAGCUCUUUACUCCUAUGAGAAAAUCCAUAAGCAAACGUCAGAUUGUGCGUGAAACAUGGCGGACUUUGUACUAUCCUUUCACUCCACCGAAAAUUCUCAUAAGAAACUGUCUAUAUUUGCUGAAAGAGAAAAUGUUUCGACGGUGCCGUCAACGCCAAUAGUGUCGUAUAUUUAGCCACAAGAAAUCAGUAUGAAACAGUGGCGCCGAUGGUGUAGUGGUAAGCGUGAUUACUUCUCACUCCAGCAGGCCUGGGUUCAAUCCCAGUCAGCGCCGCCGGGAUGUUCUGAGGCAUCCCCGGUUCCCGGUUCAUGAGUUGAUGGGUCAAUAGGUAGGGUCCAGGUGUGGGAGCUGCCUUCCUGGCGUCGGUAGCAUUGGUGCUCAGCACGGAAAACAAGAUCGACGGAAAACAAAUCAAGGAAAAAAAAUCAGUAUGAAUUU